AUGGCGGGAGUGGAACUCCUUUACAAGCCGAGCAACAUGUCGGUGCUCGACCUAGGGAGCAACUUGGCCAAUGACCUGCGGCCAAGCGAUAUGGCAAAAAAGACCGAUAGGAAACAUCAAAAUGGCAGUCUCGGAAAACCCAGCUCAAGCCAUCAGAGCCCUUCCAGAUGGUCGCCCCGGAGGUCGAGCGAUGUGAUAUACUCGCGCAUUGACGAAAGCGUACACAAGGCGAAAAGCGUGCUAAGAGCUAUGAGGGUUCCGGAUGUAGACAUCGAAGGCGCUAGGAAAGAGUAUAUACAAAAGGUGGGACGGGACUACUCCACCGUUGGACUCACCUCGUACAUACUGGCGCAAAAGGAUGCCAAGGAGUUCAGGGAACGCUGUUUCCACAUACUAUCGUGGAAGCCCAAAGCAUCGCAGGGAGACGGCCCGUUUGACAAAUCGGAGGAGCCUUUCUUUGGCGAUCGCAAAACACAUGCCGGGAAAGCCAGGACACCAGAUGAGAUCCUGCUCGGCAGCCUCGGCAAAAACAACCUCGAGCCGAACCCGGAAAAUGCAGAUGGAGAUUACUACUCGCCAAUAAGGAGCAACAGCAAUUUCGCGUAUAACUCUAACAGCCCAUUUGCAGGGCAGGCACAGUGGAGCGAACACACGAAAUCGCCAUUCAGUGAUGUCCAACCCUCGGAAAACGGGCUAUCUAUUGGACAUAUGACGGAAAGUGCUAUUUACGAUGUUGACCCGUUAAGUGCAAAGCGUGCGGUGGGAGUACACAGCCCAAUGGCUGACUCAUCUAUCACAUCCACUCCCGAAAAGGUGUCGGAAGAUUCGCAGAAAAAGAGAUUACAAGUUGUUGAAGAGCUUUUAGAAGAACACAAAGACAUCAUACCGCGGGAUCUCGACGUAAAGACGCUCGGAUACGCGGAGAAGCGUCGACUUCUAAAGCAGCUCGGAUUCGGUGACGAUUAUAUCGCAAACAGAUUGUGUGGUCGCUGCACAACCUCCAGUAAACGAAAGAAGUUGAAGCUCACGCCCUUGGAAGCGUUCAGCAUGUAUGACAGGCAAGACAUAAACGAGUCUAUGCAGGUGCACAAAGACCUAAGCGCCGAAUUUUCCCGUUAUGUGAAGAGCACAGAACCUCGCGUGGUUGUCGCUAAAACUGCCGGUUCUACCGACGACGCGUACAAUAACCUAAAGUCGAGGUUGCAAUCGUCGUACAUGGCGCAUUGA